UCCCCCUCACAUCUGGGAAGACGCUAAUCAGCCGAGAGAGCAUCAAUGCACACGGUGCGAACCGGGGAAAUACUCGACAUUUAGCGCGUUUGGCGAGCCUGCGGGAGUGGACGGUGACUAGAGGCUGCGGGGUUUUCCUCAUCGCUUUCCAGUCCUCAUUUGGGUGGAGUCGACCCCGUUAUUUCUGAUACACUGAAUUCUGACCAUUGGCACAAUUAAGGAGACAAUCAUGAAGGACGGAAUGGCUAUUAACAGCACCGCCAGCAUCUCACAGGCCCGGAAAGCUGUGGAGCAACUCAAGAUGGAGGCCUGUAUGGACAGGAUAAAGGUGUCCAAGGCUGCAGCGGAUCUGAUGGCAUAUUGUGACGCACAUAUACGAGAGGACCCGCUCAUUGUGCCCGUCCCCGCUUCAGAAAACCCCUUCAGAGAGAAGAAGUUCUUCUGCACCAUCCUCUGAGGUCGUGCUGCAGGUUCCACCGUGAGGUUUCCACGUCCCUGGCUGCUGCCAUUGAGCGCGUUUGACUGCCAG